AUGGAGCGAAGUUCUUCGCAAUACUCUUCGAACAAUAUUGUUAGCCGUAUUUUGCAGCUAGCACUCGGACUGUUCGUGACAACCUCAGAUUUGCCCUCGUAUCCAUCAAACCGUGAACAUCUAACAUACGACUGCUCAUUUGAUAGUGACUGCAGGUGGGCUUCUGUCGGGGGCAAAAUGGAUCACUGGAAGGUCGCUCGAGGAGAACCCGACAGUUUGCUAUGGCUAGCAGCAACUGGAACGACGCAGUUACCAAGAGAACCAUAUGUUCUCAUCGAACAACGAGGAUUUCCUGUCGAUGCACUUAUGACAGACGAGAUUUCGUGUCAUAGAGGAACCGCCGAUUUGUCCUUUGUUUACUGGGCCAUCGGGAGCGCCGACCUCGAAAUCUGUCUGACGGAUGUUGAGGGCGAUAAGCUUAAUUGCACUGGAAUGCUACGUUCUUCCGUUAUGCCAGGAAAGGCUAACCUAAACGUUCCAUCUACGCACAAACCCUUUCGCGUAUGUAUGAAUUUUUUAUUUUGUGUCUGCAAACUGCAGCUCUGCCGCGUAAGGUUGCCUCAUUCGAGGUAUACACCACAUCGAGAAAGCGAACUACUAAUUCUUUCCAUUUCAUCAAUGACAGUAGACGUACCGUUCGAACUCAUGGUUCAUGGAAACAAAACUAGUCCGAUGUUUGACAGACGAACCGGAAUGGUUAUUUCGGACUCUGCUAAAUUGCUAUGUGAUUUCAACAAUGACUUCGCAUGUCAGUGGGGUGCCGAAAUCGGUAGAUGGGCGAUUAUUGAGAAAGGACCCGGUGAUCAACGUUUAUUUUCAUGUGCUAUACCUUCCUUGGAGGAAUCAGUGGCGGACCAAGUCUUGCUUCCUUCCUAUCCGGCCGCUCUCGUGCUUCAAGGACCAGUUUUGCUUGCUAGUGAUCCCAUACGCUGUCAAACUGGACCGGGAAAGUUAAUGUUUCGAUAUUGGUCAAAUGGUGAUAUACUUCUUCAAACCUGCCUUAUUGAUUACGGUUCUGAAAGACGGUUGAUCGAAUGUGUUGAUCAGAGUACGACCACAGGAAAAGAAAGUCAUAUUGCUGUUUUUGAUUUCAUCAAAAGUAUCAAGGAACCAUUCACUCUGAAUCUAAUUCCUCAAUGGACUCGAGGGGUGAAAAAUCGUUUCCUGGUGAUCGACGAAAUAGCGUACAUUGGGGAGUGUUCAGACAUGGACUCCAAUCAUAAUUCAACAGUGGCUUCAGAACUACAGUCAACUACAAUUCACGCUGCUACUGUAACCACUCAGUGGAUUCCAAGUCACGCCUCAAAGCAAGAAAAGAUCCAGGAGAACUACUGCAACUCCUUGAAUUGUAAUUUCGAUGAGGACUCCUGCAACUACCUGAAUCAUGGUUUGACAAAAAAGCCAUGGACCCUCAGAAAUCGAGGGUAUGGUUAUCCGUUAACUGCGAAAACCGAUAUCCGUCCAGUCUCACCAAACGGACAGUUCGUGUCUACGAUUCUCGAUCCUGGCGAUAUAGCAAUUUUGGAGUCACCAAAAAUUAAUGCCACUCGUUCUCUCAAUGUUCUUCUUUUUCAGUAUUUCAGACCGUCCCAAAUGACAACUAUACGGUUAUGCUUAGGGUCAAGAUACACUGUAACUCUAACUGAUGUAGCGGAAUUUACACGUUGUCCUUCCAUUCUUCAGCCACUGACGUCGGUGAACAUGUUACGAUGGAACACCAUUCAUGUUCAGUUACCUCCUGGAACCACGCAGUUCUUCAUUGUGGCGCACAAUAGCGAACAAUCGGAUACACGUGUAGCAGUAGGUCUGGACAACACGAGAGUGGCAGUCUGCUAUCCCAGAGGUGUCGCUCCAGAUCACUACGACGAAGUCGAAGAUGAAUAA